UGCCUAUUUUUGACAAAACGAAAUUCGAUUUUGAUAAUUAUAACCCGAAUUAAAUUGAAUUUUCUAAAUCUUAAUCUUCAGACUCUCUAACUUCAGAUUCCAUACAUAGGUGGUAAAUGUACUACAUGCAAUUUCCGAUUCAUCAUGUAGAAGCAAAAUCAGCAAUAAGAAGAGCCAGAAAAUGUGUCGAUUCGUUGCCAAAAGAUCACUUGUCGCGUAGCAAGUGCAACGAACGCGAGAAAAAAGAAAAUGUGAUAUUUGCAACCAAGAAUUCGAUAAGUGUCGAACAACAGCAAAUAACGUUCAACGAGGACAAAACAGAAGCGUCGGGCUGGAUUUGACAGAUGUCAAAAUUUCUAGUCUUUUCACACGACAUCUUUAACGCGGUAACACUCGUAAAGGAAAAAUUAGCAAUAAACGAAGACCAUCGAUCAUCGAGCCCAGAGAAAUUAUUCACAACAUCCUAUCGAGAGACAAUGUGAGAACACGCGCGCGUACCAAUGCCAGAGAUGGAAACGCAACGAGAAUGGACGAACUUGCAAUUACUCCAGAACCCAUUAGGAAGCGUGCCAGGAUUGGUAACAAGUGCGAUGCACAGACUGUGGUUCCGACAUCGUUUUCGAUCGCAAGAAUCGCAUCCUUACCGGUUGAAAUCAUCUUGCAAAUAUUCUCCUAUCUCUCCUGCAAGGAGCUUUACGUCGUUAGUCAAGUGUCCGUGCUCUUCAACCGGCUCGCUUAUGACCCGUUUCUAUGGCGAACUUACGAGGUGACAAGCAACGAACAAGACACGGCCGAGGUGAUCAAGGAGCUGAAGAGGAUGCCGCUGCUGAAGAAGUUCAGCAUAAGCGUGAGACCAGACUGCGACGAGAUCCUGCGGCAACUCUCGCUGACGAACAAAAACUUGGAGGAACUGCACAUUUCUAAUUGCACAGGUUCCACGUCGAAAUUGUACCUACGCUCGGGAUACCUGAUCCGCAUACUGGAGAGGUGCCGUAAUUUGCACACGAUCAAUAUACUAGGCAGCAGAUUCCGCGGCCAGAAGUUCUAUCAACUGCUGGGCGACAUGGGACCGCAGCUGAGGUCUGUCUACGCGCCAGCCACGAAAUCCCAAUUCUACACGUUCAUUAAGUUCGCGAAACAGAUCAGCGAGACCGAUCGCUUGACAAUCGCCUCCAUGUUCUACAUCAACACGAAAAGUUGGGCGCCCUUGUACUACUUUGUCACGAAAGGAGCGGAUCGGGUUUGCACGGCCCUGAUCAGCUAUCUUCACAACGACAUCCUGCUGAGCGACGCGAAUCGAUCGAUUCAUAAACUCUCUAUCACCGAGCGUAGAAACACCUGACUAACAAGAAUAGUUUUAGAUCGGAUCUAUCGUUCUGUGCCACGAAUCGUACGUUCGAGCAACGAUACACGAUGGAACGAUAAAGAUACGAUAAAGUGAGAGAAUACGUACACGUGAUUUUGCGAUAUUCGCCAGCGAAUAUAAUAAGCGUCACGUCGUUGUAUCGUACAAAUACAUGUGUACAUAAAUGUACUUUUGUGUUCUGUUUUAUAGAUUUUCUUUCACUUUAAUCGUUCUUACGAUCUAGAGCUGCAGAGUAAUCACGAGGCGAUCUAUGUGGGUCGAUCCGUAUGCGAAUGCUAGCCGACACGAGUACAAGCUUCCGUGAGCUUUAAACAGGAAAUCAAAUGGAAAGCCUGGGGCGGUAAUACGAGGCUAAUGAGUUCUGAAUGACGGGCUAGACGUUUUGUCAAUAAUAACACGACCCGCUUAAUUCGAACCAAUUACGACGAAAGCAAAGUAAAAAUUCAGGUGAACGUGUCACGGGGAAAAAAAAGAGAGCUCCCUCGACGAUGCUUCUCUCGGGGAAAGAACAACUCGUCGCUAAUAAAUCUCGACAGAUCGAAUGACUGCCUGCUGAAUGAAUGACUCCCAAGCGACGACCGACGCGAAGGAAAAAAUAUUCCAUUCUCGUUCAGACGUGUUUCUAUAGUUCCGAGUCUAUUCAAUUAAGUGGAUUGUUAACGGCGCGAGAAGCUCGAUUAAUGGGCGUCGUUAAUCUCAAUUUUCGACGGGUAAUUAAAAUCAAACUUUCGCGAAAUUCGCGAGACACGCGAUCGAACACGGCCUGCUCGUCGAUCGAUUUCAUUACGCAAACGGGAUAACAAGUUCCGCUAAAAUGUUGGCGAUCUUGGUUCGUCGACCCGGACGCUUCCUGUUCUAUAAUCAUUUGCAUAGAGCCAGCUAGCAUGUCCGCUAAUAGUCACGGUUUAUCGGACGAGUAUUCGCACGUUCGACAAUAAUAUUUUACAGGUAAUUUGCGGAUGUUCCGGCACGUUUUCACGACGCGAGCUAGGAAACACGCGGCUCCUGCGGGUAGCAAUUUCUUAACAGUAACGACCGUGAACGUAGACUUCCGUUUAUUAACAGCAAGCAACCGAGCUAUUUUUGUAAACUCAAUUUACGGGAACGAACGAUUAAAUGUCCCAUUAUUAUACGAUUUUUUGUUUCCUCGAGCGAGAGAAUGAUUCGUGAAACAAGAAUUCUUUUGAAUAUUUUUGUUUCCGUAUCCUGUAUCUGGGUCAAAGUUAAUUUUCUGGUUUCCUUCUUAAUUUAAUUUCCAUUGAACUACCGUCGUCUUGCUCUGUAAUUUGUUAAGUAACAAUAUUAGUGAAUUGGUAAACGACAAACUGUAUAUAGGUUACACCGCACUUCUAUUGCUCGACUCUACGUCCAAUUUAAUAAGAACGCUUAGCUAUAUCUCUGUCUCAGUAAAAGUAAACGUUAAUAUUGUAUUACCAAAAAUAACUCGCUUAUUAUUAAUAAUUGCGAGGUACCAAAAAGCUGAUACUAGUCAAUUCAACUUAUUCGUGGUUCUACUGUAAAAUUUCCUCUUGAAUGGGCAAAUGGUCCAGAGGGAAGCGAGAGGGCCGAGUGCUUUGUCGAAAGAGAGGAAAAAGGAAAAAGCUCGUAGCGUAAAAUUAUUUUUGUACGAUUCUGCGCAAUAAAUCGGUCUCAUUGUGAAACGCGGUAUAUUCCGAGGAAAAGCACGUAACAACUGACCAGCUAAAUGAACUGCGGUUGAGUCUUAACCCGCCUCGCACUUGCCAUAACGCUUGCCUCGCGUUCAGAAACGAGAACAGAGAAAAGGCAGACGUAUCGAUUGGGCUCGUUUUCGAUUUCCGGCGUGCACACGGGAACGCGAAUGGCACGCGUAUUGUUCGCAUACAGAGGAUCGCGGAUCAGGAAGUGGUUUCGUUCGUUAAAACGCAUAAGACUUUCCUUGACUUUUCUCCGGCUAUUCACGCAACCGUGCACGCAUCGAAAUCGUUAACGAGCCGCGAACAGUUAUGAACAGCCGAUGUUUACGUAAGUCGGAGCACGCGGAAUCCUCCGUUUCGUUUCGCACCAAAAAGAAGAUCCAGUCGGCGAAACGGACGUGAAAAUUCGAAUUAUCACGAAACACGCUAAGAGUCAAUUAGAAAUUCUAAUCCGUCGCUCUUAUAUUUAUUAAAUGAUAAAAUAAGCCACGCAAGUUUACAAUAGAUAAUACGAUGUACGCGUGUAUGAUGCGGCUACUAUACACGCGUAUACGUAUCUUUCUUCGUACGGUAGUUAAUACGAGACUGCCAUAAUACGAUAUUACCGUGUAUGAUAUCGAUGGUCAUCGAUAACAGAUCUCUAUAUCGUUUCGAAUGAUCGUGAUACGAUUAAUUACUACUCCUUUUUCGUACUAAGGUACUAAUUCUCGUUUGUCCGUACAACAAUUAAAGUGUGCUAAUAUUAAGUUAAAUUAUGUCACAAUAAAGAUGUGCCUUCGAAGAUACGUUUAUUCGAAUUUUUUUUUCCUUCCACCCAUCGAGCUAAUGUGCAAAUUUUUAGUCGGACCUUUCGAAGCCUGCUGUAUCCUUGAGGUUAUUUAUUACGUUCGGUACUUUGAAUAUUCUAUCUCUACUCGACC